CGGUGAACCACUGUGCAAGGGCGCCAUCCUUGUUGCAUUUUUUCCCCCCCUUCGUGUCAUCGUCUUGCUUUCGAAUCCUUGCUGCGGAUCAGUGGUCAGCCUGAACACAGAAACUGAUUCUCCAGCUCCGAUUCCCCAAUCUUUCUCUCCGACGCCCGACCAGACCUCAGCCAGCUUCGCCCGAAAUCCACUCUCCGCUUCGGCGUUGGCACUGCUCCCAUCCAUCGCAACGCCGCUGGACCAGCCCGCUCUGGCCGCAUCCUCACCACCACGAUGCCAAUCUUCCGUCUGCUUGGUCCAGGAUCGAAAACACGUCCUCGACGCACUACUCUUGUUCCGGCUGCCGGCGAGCAUUCGUUUUUCCUGGGAAUCGCGGGUAUCCCACUCAAGCUGCUCGAGGCGUCAAACCCCUUUGACUAUGAGUCGCUUCUCCCACGUGUAUGUGGCCUGGUGCGACUCCAAAAUGCAGUAGCGGCCCACGACUCGCAUCGCAUCACGUCCAUUCGCAUCACCUUCGUAGGCCAGCACACGGUUGGACCCAAGGCCACCACAUUCAUCGAGAGGUCCGUCGGCCUGCUUCCGUCUGACUUUGAGCGCUAUCUCGAACCUGGAUUUGUACCAUUCAGGAUCGAGCUGGCCGAGCUCGAGUCUCAGGCGCUCGUCUCGGCAGCUAGGUCGCUGAGAGUCCGAACCCGGUAUCGACUCUGGUGCGCCCUGGGUUGGUCCAAUGGUCGGACGGUUUGCUCGGAGAUUUAUGACAUCCCAGCGGAUCAUAUCCGACCGAUACCGCUUUCCGAAUUGGCACACAUUCUCGCCCCCCAACCCACCAUCCAGCUUGAGCAUCACAGCUGGGAUGCCGACCGCCCAUCGAUGAGAAUUACUUGCUCGGUGGAGAAGCCUCGGGCUAUUCCCGGCGAUUCGCUCAAGCUCUCCUUCCGCUUGAGCCCGUGGGAGCACGGCCAGGGCUCAGGCAUGUCGUCCUGUACCGUGUUCAUGUCGAUCAUCGAAGUCAUCGAGGACGAAGCUCCGGCAAGCUCUGAUCAUGGAUGUGGCUGGAUGGGUUCUCUUCCGUGGGGCAUCCCCAAGAAGAAGUGCGAGGAGCACACCCUCAACAUUUUGUAUUCGCGACGGCUCCAUAUCCCGUGGAUAUUUGGCAGCGCCCACCCGAAGGGAACCGACAUUCGAAGCAACCCGAGCGUCCGAAAUACGCUCUUCCACAUCAGCCACUACGUUACCUUCACGUUCACAUUGAGCCACUCCGAGACUGUGCGCUAUCGCAUCCCAAUAAGUGUUGCUCAGUUUGACAGGACCGACAUCGAUAAGGUCCUUCCAUAUUUCAAUGAUGCCGUCAACGAAGAGAUUCACAAGAUCACAUGCUCGAGAGUCGAAUACCACGACCCCGACGCUGGGUACUGGCUGCCGCGAUUCCAAGCGUGCGAGUCAUGCCUCGCCGAGCCCGGGUCGUCGCUGGACGAUCGACCUCCACAAUACGAAAGCUUGGGGAUCCAGCCGCCGAGGAAUGCUACAACCGCGCCGACCGUACCUACAUAGUGCGGUUCAAAGAGAUUCUCAUCGUUCCGUGCGCGGAUGUGAUCUGAGUCCAACGGAUCAGCGGGUAUGCUGGGU